GUGUGGUGGUCGAGCAGUAGCCGCCGUCCUGCGCCUCGGUCAAAGGAGAAGGCAAAUAGACUUCACGCUUUAUGCUGUUGUCGGAAGACCGUACCAUUCUACCAUCUGUUACGUUUGGGGACGAACUUGGCGGCUCAGAACUCCCCGAAGGUCUCGUCGGACUUGAUCGCAUCAUCACCAUCAUCAUCGGCAUCUACUGGAACAACCAUAACUGUUUCACCCCGCUGUUUUCCAAGAGGUUUCAGAUGGAAAUGGGAAAAGACGCUUCAGUCAGACUGUAAGAUGUUUCCGCAGCACAGAGAAAGGGAGCAGCCGAUCUUCAGCACGCGAGCCCAUGUCUUUCAAAUCGACCCAAACACCAAGAGGAACUGGAUCCCGGCCAGUAAACACGCAGUCACUGUGUCCUUCUUCUACGAUGCCAGCCGCAACGUGUACCGCAUCAUCAGUGUGGGCGGGACCAAGGCGAUCAUCAACUGCAUCAUCACCCCCAGUAUGACGUUCACCAAGACUUCCCAAAAGUUCGGUCAGUGGGCGGACAGCCGGGCCAACACUGUCUAUGGUCUGGGCUUCGCGACGGAGCAGCAACUGCACCAGUUCUCUGAGAAGUUCAAGGAGGUGAAGGAUGCGGCGCGCCUGGCACGAGAGAAGUCGCAGGACAAAGAACUGGCCAACUCAGCGCUCAACAUCGCCGUCCCUCAGGACCUCUCGGACGAACUCCAGUCGCCUCCAGUGAUGUGUGUGAACGGACCAGAGGACAAACUCUACCGCAGCCAAAGCGCAGACAUCACUCUGGCUUCAGAGAAGGAGCGAAUUAAGAAGAUGCUGUCUGAGGGGUCCAUUUGUGAGAUGAACCUGGAGGCAGAGCUCUUCACUCUCCAAGACAGCAACACCAAGCUAAUCGCGGCGCUGCACGAGGCCAACACGAACGUGGAGCAGUGGAAGAAACAGCUGGCCGCCUAUCAGGUGGAAACAGAGCGGCUCAGGGAGCAGGUGGCCGACCUGGAGGCUCACGGGGGUCACGGCCCGAGUGACCUUCUGAAGGACGAGCUCACUCAGUCCCUGGAGGAGCUGGAGGCUCUGCUGAAGGCCAAAGACGAGGAAAUUCACAUUCUCCAGAGCAAGAAGUCAGAGUACCAUCAGAUCGAGCACGAGCGAGACGAAGUCAUUCGCCGGCUCCGUGAGAUGGAGAUCCGGACGUCUGACUUGGAGCGGCGCGUCCAGAGCUCGGAGCAGAACCUGAACAGCUCCCUGGAGGAGCGCGACCGCAUGGACACUGAGAUCCAGCGGGCCAUCGAGGUACUGGACAUCAAGAUCUUUGACCUCAACGACCUCCGCCAGAGCCUGGUGAAACUCAUCGACAAGUAAAGCACUUGUAGUGUCGCGUUAAUUCAGUGCUCGCGUUGCUUUUAAGGAAAAGCUCCAUGCAAUAAACCGACCGUAAGGUAAGUGCUCAACUGUUACUCAUAAAGGUGCUUGUAGUUUUUCAUAAUUAUUUUGUGGAAACACGAAAAUGCAGUGUGAACGGUGACAGGCCUUUUUGCACAUGACAUACUGAACAGAAGAAACAGAGAGUCUGACAAAGUUAGUUUCAUAGCGUUUUGAUUCCGUAAAUAAGAGUAUUCUACAGAAACUUGUGGUUGGUCUAUGGCCUCACCCGCUCCUACUGUGUGUGAACACGCCUUCUGCAGCAGUUUCAGAGACUCCAUGCCUUCACACUUACGUCCGCACGGAACAACCAGCUGUUCAAAGAACCAUGUUUUUGUUUGCAACACAAUUGUGCUGAGCCUUACUGCGCAGGACUGACACUGCUGGAAAUAAAGGAAACCUACUGAUCCUCCAAGGGCUGCUCAUUGAGAAGUGAAGCGCACAGCGUGAGACAACCGUUUUAUUGGUUCUAUCAGUGACUCCAGUCAGUUACUUCAGCUUCUUCUUCGGCCGGAUGUUGCUGGUGUGGCCACAUUUUUUCUUGCGGCAGUUGCUGGCGCGCGGAUGGAGGCGAGCGUAGCACCUGGAAAGAAGCAGCAAAUAAAGCGCCGUCUCCAUUGCGACAGUAGUUUCAUCACUCUGUUUACUUUCAUGAGGCGGUGGGCUACCUACUUGCGACAGACCAUCUUGUCACAGUUGUACUUCUGGGCCAGUACCCUCAAAGAGGGUUCGAUGACGCCGCCUCUCAGGCGCAGGACCAGAUGCAGGGUGGACUCUGCGGACAGACAGCGAUGAAGAGCGAAGCGGCCGCGACAUGACCAGGCGACAAAGAGCCGCUGACCUUUCUGGAUGUUGUAAUCCGACAGGGUGCGUCCGUCCUCCAGCUGCUUCCCUGCAAAGAUCAGACGCUGCUGGUCCGGAGGGAUUCCUGCACAGACACAGCAGGGGCUCUGUUUACGUGCCAGCUUCUGUACCCCCACAUGUCACGGCAUCACCGCUCAAGAUGAGAGCUGCUUUAUUUGAAUUCUUCGGCCGCAGAAAGGACAAAAAUAUUUAAAAAGUUGUAUAUGUGCUUCCAUUGUUUUGGCUAAAGUUAGCAUCAUAGCACUGAAAGCACGCUGUUCUUUGGAGGUCAACAACUUAAAACAAUACAGAAUGAUCUCAACAAUA